CUCUCUCUCUUUCAUAUGCACAGUGAGUCAAGUAUCUGUCAGGCACGGGCCACUGUGAUGAUCUACGAUGAUACCAAUAAGAAGUGGGUCCCGGCAGGCACGGGUCCCCAAGCUUUCAGCAGGGUCCAAAUCUACCACAACCCCAGCAAUAACGCCUUCAGAGUGGUGGGACGCAAGAUUCAGACCGACCAGCAGGUUGUGAUGAACUGUCCAAUUGUAAAGGGAUUAAAAUAUAAUCAGGCCACGCCAAACUUCCAUCAGUGGCGGGACGCUCGGCAGGUGUGGGGCCUGAAUUUUGGCAGCAAAGAAGAUGCAGUGCUGUUCGCCAAUGGCAUGAUGCAUGCACUUGAUGUCCUCAACUCCAUGCCUGACGGAGGUUACCCCACGCGACCUGUGUCCAAUGGACCAUCCCCAGAAGAGCUGGAACAACAGAGAAGAUUGGAACUGCAGAGGUUGGAGCAGCUAGAGCGAGAGAGACAAGAGAGAGAGCGACAGGAAAGAGAACGGCAAGCAGCUCCAGUAGUCAUUCCUCCAGCACCACCUUUGGCCCCUGGAGGCCCUCCGGCUCCCCCUGGACCUCCACCUCCCCCUGGGCCCCCUCCAUCUGGACCUCCCCCACCACCUGGACCUCCUCCCUCAGGAGGAGGAGCUCCACCUCCACCUGCUCCUCCUCUGCCCUUCUCUGGAGGAGGUGGAGGUGAGGGAGAGGGACCAGGUGGUGGUGGUCUCGCUGCUGCCCUGGCAGGUGCCAAACUCCGCAAAGUGCCCAAGGAUGAUGUUGGUAGUGGUGGUGGAGGAGGAGGAGGAGGAGGAGGAGGUGGAGGUGGCAGUGGCAGUGCUGUGGCGCCAACUCCUAAAGCAGACAGCAGCCGCAGCAGUGUGUCUAUGCCCAGUGGAGGAGGAGGACUGAUGGGAGAGAUGAGCGCAAUUCUAGCACGAAGGAGAAAAGCAGCAGAUAAAGGGGAGAAGGCGCCCCCCAAAGCAGAGGAGCCCAGUAAUGAUGAUUCCGACGCUCAAGGCCCAAGCGAAUUUAGGAGACCAUGGGAAAAAUCAGCCACCAUGCCCAGGACUAACUCAGCACCCAGAGGUCUGGAGUCACCCUCUUCCUCUAGCCCAUUUACCAGGAUGAAACCCAGUAGCCAAUCAGCAGAGCCCGAGAGUGGAGAAGGAGAGUCAGAGAUGGAGCGAAUUAAACAGGAACUGCUAGAGGAGGUGAGAAAAGAGCUUCAGAAGGUUAAGAAUGAAAUCAUUGGAGCCUUUAUUCAGGAGUUACAGAAACGAGGAUCUACAUAGUCCCACAGAAACUGAUGGGAAGGGAUCACUUGGUCCUGAGAACCCAGGGAUACACA